AUGGCCGCGUCUAACGCAGGCUCGCAGGAAGUGCCUCCGCUGGCGCAGCAAGACAAAGAUCGCCGGUGGAGCGUUCAGCUGCGCGUCUACGAUCUUUCGCGGGGAAUGGCGCGGCAGAUGUCUCCGAUGCUUCUCGGCCGGCAAAUCGACGGCAUCUGGCACACGGGGGUCGUCGUCUACGGCAUCGAGUACUUUUACGGCGGAGGCGUUUGCUGUCUGCCUCCUGAGCAAGUUGAGCGCGACUACCAGAUGUCUCCCACGCGCCUAGUUAACAUGGGUUUCACCACCAUCGACAGAGCGACGUUUGACGCGUACGUCCAGCAGAUAUCUCCGCGUUUCACCGAGGCGACCUACGACCUGCUUCACUGGAACUGCAAUCACUUCACUCAAGAGCUGACGCAGUUUCUUUUGCAGAAGCCGAUUCCGGACUACAUUCGCUUCCAGGUGGACGAAGUCGCGCAGACGCCGAUGGGGAGCAUGCUGCUGCCAAUGCUGCAGCGGCAGCAGCAGCAGAUGCAGCGAGUGGCCUCUUCGAUGGGGCAGCGCACGCUGUGGACGCAGGGCGGCGCGGGCGUUGCGCCGCCCCCCGCCCAGCCCCCGCGGGCCUCCGUGCCGUGGCCUGACAGCUCGAGUCCCCUCGGGGCGGUGCUGCGUGGCGUCUGCACGAGCGAGGAGUUGGUGCGCAGCAGCAAGAAGGUGUUUCUGUUGACGCUGCUGACUGUUGUUAAGAACUUGCUCAAGCCUGAGCGCGACCCCAAGUUCCUCCGUCUGCGCAAGAGCAACGAAGUGAUUCAAACUAAGCUGCUGCGGAUCCCGGGCGGCCAGCGCGCGCUGGAGUUGAUUGGCUUCGAGUUGCAGCGCGAGGACAACAAGGCGCCAGCGGACACGGCCGCCGCAGCUGCGAGUGGAGGUGACGCAGAGGAAUUCGUCUUCACUCUCUUCAGAGGCGCGGAGGCGGAAUCGCGCGUGCUAGAGAAGCUGAAUCAACAGGCGGGAGAGAUCCAGGCCUUCAUCGAGGCCCUCGACGGCGCCGCGCCGCCGACCGCGCCGGCGGCUGCCCCGCCGAGUCCCCCCCCGGCGCAGACACACGAAGACAAGUUCAAGUUCCAGCUGCAGCAACUAGAAAACAUGGGAUUCGUUGAAAAACAAAAAAACAUCGAGGCCCUCGAGGCGGUUAACGGCAACUUGAAUGCCGCGAUCGAUCGCCUUCUCGGCUGA